UACAAGUGUCAGAGUAUUUGGCGUGCUCCGUAUCGAGCGAUACAAAUCACUUUGCUAUUUUCCUCUUCGCUCAGUGUCAAAAGGCAUGCGAGGAGAAGCACAGUCAGGAUAUCGAUUCGAUGAUGUAGCAUUUCAAUAAUGCCAGAAAGCUAAUUUUGGGUGCUGUGUUCGUCAUUGGCAUCUGAGCAGGCUGUAUGAGAGAAUCACUGAGUCAUAUCGAUCAGCUGAUAGAGAGAUGGCACAUCAAGGCAGAGUCAUAAAGAGAACAUUUAAGACACCCGAAGGCCGCUUUCAGAUCCAUAGCGAGCGUCCUAAUGCCUGCAAUUUCAACAAAGAGAAGCCCACGAGAUUGACCCUUGCAAAGCUCAACACUGGCACUUUUGUUGUUUUCAAUCUGCAGGAGUACAUCUACAUCUGUUCUUAUGCUAACACAGACAAGGUGCCCCAAUGCUUGAUCAACUUCAACCUGGCACCGAGCGGCUCCGUCAUGCACCCGACAUGCCACGCGCAUUCUCCUGCACGGGAUGGCUUUGACCUCCUUGUGGGUCUGUCUACGGGGGAUGUUGUGGUGGCGUCCCUACAAGCACAAGUGGCGGCGCCGCAGACAAACACCAAGCUUGUGAGCCAGCUUCAUUUCAAUUUGGAGAGCUCAGUCGACGCAACGAGAGCCGUUGGAGUCGAGUGGGUGCCGCACACCAACGGCGAUCUCUUCGUGGCCGCACACAUGAGCGGAUCAGUCUAUACCUACAGCAAGGGGAGUGUGAGCGGCACUGGCGGCCACUUCAGUGCUAGAACAAAUGGGAACCUGGCGCCUGUGUCGACGCUGAAUGCCUGCCAGAAGGGCCUCAACGCCAUGGCUCUGUCGCCCGAUGGAUCCAGGAUUGCCACGGCCGGCAGAGACAGCGUUGUCCGUGUGCAUGACUUGGGAACCGGCGCGCUCCUCACAGGCUUCAGGACGUACUAUGGCAACCCUCUGUGCUGCACCUGGAGCCCAGACGGGCAGUAUGUUGCGGCCGGAGGGGAGGACGAUUUGGUGGCGGUGUUUGGCAUGGAGGAGCUGAGGGUGGUGGCCUGGGGGGAGGGCCACGGCUCCUGGGUCUCCGCUGUGUCCUUCGACCCAUGGGUGGUGCGGCAGGGUGAGGGCGAGGGCGAGGCUGCAGCAGCACCUUCGGGGUCAGACGGCGGUGAUGUGGACAUGGAGGCAGAGAGUGCCAGCGAGGGCGCCAAGCCAGCCAGCACAGGCACCUGCUACCGCCUGGGGUCCGUGGGCCAGGACUGCCAGCUGUGCCUGUGGGAUCUGGCGGUGCCUGCGCCGCGGCACCGGCUGGCACAUGCUUCCAGCGCGGGGCCGGAUCUGAAUCCUCGGGCGCUGCGGCCGCCGGCGAGGCAGGAGCCGGCGAGGCGGGGCCGGGACAGCAGCGCGGUGAAGGACGGCUCCCCGAAGCUGCUGGCCAAGCUGAGCAGCAGCCUUCACCGAGACUCCUCUCCCAGCGCGCAUCACCGCAGCGACAGCAGCUCCAGCAGCUGCCUGCCCCCAGAGGUCGUGCCCACCACGCCGCGGAAAUACAUGCACUUCAUUCAGGCAUUCGCUGCCAUCAGGUGUGCAACAGAGCCAGCGUCUGAUCUGGUAUUCUCGCACGACGCUCUCUUCACAGCAUGCCACGGAGGCUCUGUGAAGGCCUGGGAGCGGUUGAGACACCUGCCUCCUUCUCCACCAGAUGAGGCCCAGCGGGCAGAGCCCAGCACAGCCUCAGCUCCUCAGAAGAUACAAGAAAGCGCAAGGAGAGCGCCUGAUGUAGAUUUGUGA